CAGCCAUUUUACACUGUCCCUGGUAGAAAGUGGGCUGUCGUGGGAAGACGUGGUUAGUAAAAAAAAAAAAUAAUAAUAAUUAGCUGAAACAAAUCCCACAAGUAAAAAAAACUGGUCCACUGUGUUAGAGCACUUAUUUCCAGACAUUUAAUCAGUUGACUUCAGGGGUAAAUAUAAACGAGCUGAGACGGUAAAUUGUGCAACCGCUAGCCACGAAGCUAAGCGUUAGGGCCCGUGUCUUGUGAUGUCGCUACACAGGCGAAUGCUGGCGUUUCUGCACUCCGUGUAUUUUCACCAAGAUUGAACACAAGAAGAAAAACUUAAGACUUGAGACGAGUUUUAAUAUUUAAUCUGGAAAAAAGUGAAAUUUCAUACAGGAAAACGCUACUUGCAGGAACCAAGAAGAUGAAUGGGACACUAGACCAUCCAGACCAGCCUGACAUUGAUGCUAUAAAAAUGUUUGUGGGUCAAAUCCCUCGUUCCUGGUCAGAAGAGCAGCUGAGGGAGCUCUUUGAGCCCUACGGUGCCGUCUAUGAAAUCAACGUCCUCAGAGACAGGAGUCAGAACCCCCCCCAGAGCAAAGGUUGUUGUUUCAUCACAUAUUACACACGCAAAUCAGCAUUAGAAGCACAAAAUGCCCUUCACAAUAUGAAAAUUCUUCCAGGGAUGCAUCAUCCCAUUCAGAUGAAGCCAGCAGACAGCGAGAAGAACAACUUGGUAGAAGACCGAAAGCUGUUUAUUGGGAUGAUCUCCAAGAAAUGCAACGAAAACGACAUUCGGCUCAUGUUCUCCCCCUACGGUCAGAUUGAGGAGUGUCGCAUUCUCAGAGGACCUGAUGGACUGAGCCGUGGUUGUGCCUUCAUCACAUUCACAGCCAGACAGAUGGCACAGUCUGCCAUAAAAUCCAUGCACCAGUCACAGACCAUGGAGGGCUGUUCAUCCCCAAUCGUGGUGAAGUUUGCAGACACACAGAAGGAUAAGGAACAGAAGCGCAUGACCCAGCAGCUGCAACAGCAGAUGCAGCAGCUCAAUGCUGCCUCCAUGUGGGGAAAUUUAACUGGCCUUAACUCGCUAGGCCCACAGUACCUCGCACUUUAUUUGCAGCUCCUGCAGCAAUCCGCAUCCUCGGGGAGUGCUCUCAACAAUCUCCACCCCAUGUCAGGUCUGAAUGCCAUGCAGAAUCUGGCUGCAUUGGCAGCAGCGGCGAGUGCCACUCAGGCAACUCCAAGCGGCAGCAGUGCACUGACCACGUCCAGCUCACCACUCAGUGCGCUUACUAGCUCAGGUACGGCCACCGGACAACAGACUCUCUCUGCCUGGGAUGGCUGCAAGGCCGGUUCCUCUCCCACCUCGAGUACUAAUACGUCUGUGAAUACCAUGGCUUCUCUGGGUGCGCUGCAGUCUCUGGCUGCAGGUGCUGGUGCUGGCCUCAACAUGAGUUCACUAGCAGGUAUGGCUGCAUUGAAUGGUGGCUUGGGCAGUGGAGGCCUUUCUAAUGGCUCCGGCAGCACUAUGGAGGCAUUGACACAGGCAGCUUACUCGGGAAUCCAGCAGUAUGCAGCUGCCGCCCUACCCAGUCUUUAUAACCAGAGCCUACUUUCUCAGCAGAGCAUCAGUGCUGCUGGCAGCCAGAAAGAAGGUCCAGAGGGUGCAAAUCUCUUCAUUUAUCACCUGCCACAGGAGUUUGGUGACCAGGACUUGCUUCAGAUGUUCAUGCCUUUUGGCAGUGUUAUCUCUGCCAAGGUUUUCAUAGACAAACAGACUAACCUCAGCAAAUGUUUUGGCUUUGUGAGUUACGACAAUCCCGUUUCGUCCCAGGCGGCCAUUCAGUCAAUGAACGGUUUUCAGAUCGGAAUGAAACGACUGAAGGUUCAACUGAAACGAUCCAAAAAUGACAGCAAGCCAUAUUGAGUGCUUUUACUCUGAAAUGGACUUGGUUUGAAAAUGUGUUUCUGAUAUCUUCGUGCCCGUUUGUUCAUCGUUUCCCUAGCAUGUCGAUGUGACGUCAAAAGUUCAUCGUCCAGUCCGUUGUCCUCUUCGCUUCUCUGACGCUUGAAAUUUUUCACCCUUGACCUUUUUUUGUUAACUUUUGACGCUUAGUGGUUACUUAUUUUGUUUGUUUUGUGUGGUGUUCAUUUCUGUUUGUGCUGCCAAUAGGGGGCACUAGAAAGACUGCUGUUAUUAACUAAAAUGUAAAAAGUUUCUUGAAUAUUGUUCCGAACAGAGUCUAUUUUUCUAGAACCUGCAAACAUAACCACUAGAUUGUGCAAAGGCUUUUAAUUUUCAUUGUUUCAUUACCCAGUUAAAUUUUGUUUAGCCAAUUUUAUUUUUUGUUGUUUUAGAGCAGUCUUUCUAGUGCACUCAGUUUUACUCAUUUGUUUUCCUCUAAAAGCAGCCAAUCCAUUUAUAGAAUCACUGUGUGUGUGUGGGUGUGUUUUUCCUCUUUCUCUCACUUGUUGUACACCUUUUUAGGGUUUUCUGCAGUCACAUUUUGCUGAAACUGAGGAUAACCUUGUAAUAUUGUGGUAGGUUAGUUGGCAUGAUUUUUGAUGGCAUAAUUUUGGGAGUUCCUUAACAGUGUGACAUUACAAUAGACACUUGAAUUGCUUUUCUUCCUUUUUCCAUUUAGUGUGUCAAGAUACCAUAGGCACAUGUUUUUUUUCUUUUUUUUUCUUUUUUGUGUGAAUCAGGAUUAGUCUGAAAUAAAUAAAAAAAAAAAUGCAUAAAAUGAGCAAAAUUGAGUUUCUUGUCACAGUUAGUAUAUAUGAGUAUGCAUGUUUUUUUGUAACUGCACUGACAUCCUCAGCAAAAUGUGAUUUAGUUCUGUUAAAAAAAAAAAAAAAAAGACAAUUAUAAAAAUGAAUAAAAUGGUGCCAAAAGUUUUGCAUGUUGCUGUUGGUCACAUUUUAUGUAUUUUUCAUGUCUGUCUACUCUUCCAAUGUGGUCCCAUUUUAAUAAUUGAUUUUAAAUCUAGUCAUAAACACGUGUUGAAACCAUGUUUGAAAGUGAAGUUUGUAGAUGGACUUUCUAAUGAUCGACCCAGUCCUUGCGAAUUUCAGCUGUUCUGUUCAGGAAAUUUUGUCUCAUGUUGAAUGGUUGGCAGAAAGCAUCUCAAGUUUCCCACAAUCUGACAAAUCUGUUCAAGUUUCAGGUCUUUGUCAUGGUCUAGCCACACCCCUCUUUUGUAGUACUGCCUUUACCGUGUCUUCUAUUUGAAGAGUAAAACCUUCUUUCCGUAAUAAGGCUUCCCCCACCCUUUCCUAAUUACAAACUAUAUUUGGGUGGUUGUUGUGUGUGUUUUUAUAUAUAUAUAUAUAUAUAUAUAUAUAUAUAUAUAUAUAUAUAUAUAUAUAUAUAUAUAUAUAUAUAUAUAUAUAUAUAUAUAUAUAUAUAUAUAAUCUCAAAUUGCCCUCUUUUGAAAAUUUGGCACCCUGUUUUCAGUAGCUUUUAUUUCAACAGUAGAUUGCUAGCAAAAAAAAAAAGACCUAUUGUUGGCGAAUUGGGAUUAACGUUGCAAAUUUUGGCAUUUUAUAUCUAGAUUUUAAGCUGCUGUUUGUUUAAAUGUACUCUGAAAAACUUACCUGUGGGAUGUUUGUCAUUAUUGGUACAGAGUGAUUGUAUUUAAUAGUAAGAAAUUGUACAGUUUUUGCCUUUUUCUACUUCCAAGUUCUGUUUCGCAAUGUGAAAUUUGAAAUCCUAAUAAGUGGAGCCAUGUAGAACUUGCCACCAUGACCAAACAUAAGUCUAAAAACAAAUUAAGUAAUUCUAUGAAGCAGCCUUCAGUUGAAUUAAAAGCUGAUUUUUUUUCUUUUCUUUUCUUUUCUUUUUCUGUCAUUUAAGUUAUGGUUUUCACUGGAAUUGUAGAGUGAGGAUUUCAUUAGAUGUCUAGAGGAGUGUUAUUUCUGAAUGUUUUCUGUUGAGGUUUAUUUAAAUUGUGAUGGAAGUUAAAAUUUUCAUGCUACUGUCUCCACAGAAGUAUAGCAACGUGCAUACAACGCGAAGUCAUUUUGUAGUUUCUUUGGUCGGGUUGUUUGUCUGAUUAAACUGAAAAGAUUCA